AUGGGCGCGAAAGCGUCUCGGUCCUCUAACUACUUCAUGCCUGCAAUGGCUUUAUCCAAAACCAACAACUCUUUCGAUGCUAGCACUUGGGUAGCGGAGGGCCUUUCACCUGAUCUGACAACCAACAUGAGACGAAGCAGGCCGUUCAACUCUGCCAGCAUAACCGCCUUUAGCAUCUCGUCCUCCAGAACAGAGAUCUGUUCCAGCACUGGGGGAGGCUCAUCAAUGAGAGCUUUGGCUACAUUGAACUCGCAUUGGCGGACAUCAUUGUCGAAAGAUGGAACAGCCCAACUGGGAAAAAGCCGCAUGAGUUUCGCGAUGCACCAUGACUCACGAAUCAUGGGUAUCGGACAGCCCCAAGUACCCAGAGCCCCAGGCCUCAUCCAGCAGAGCAACAUUGCAGCGAGUGCCCACACCUGCGAGGGUUGA